UAUCCAAAUUAGCAAAAUUUCUCUGUCUCAUUUUCUUCGAGCUUAAGCUUGGGCUAAGCUCUAUUUGGGUGCCGCUCAAGGAUUGAACACAAACUCGAGAAUUCGAUCGUUCCGUUUUUUCGUUGCUCAAUUCAUGUGAAGUUGCAGGGUUAAUCGAGAUUUGAUUUUGGUUGUUUUCUUUUCUUUUUGUGUGUGUGAUAAUUCAUCGCCAGAGUGUGAGGUUUGAAGAACCCCAUUGAUUUUCUCUCAGCAGCAAACCGACUCGAUCUUACUUGAAUUGCUUCCGAUUUCCAUUUUAGGUGUUCUCCAGUAACCCUAGGCUGUCAAGGUAAUAUGACUGAUAACUACAGCAACGUAAGUGUAAGCUCGAGCUCAAGUUUGAAUAGCAGCUUUCAGGACACUGAGGAUGAUCAUACAAUUGCCAGAAUCUUGGCAGAGGAAGAAAACUUGAAGUUUGAUAACAAGCUCGGGAAGAGACUCUCUCAUCUGGAUUCCAUCCCUCAUACUCCUCGGGUUAAUGGGGAGAUACCAAACGUGAAUGAUGCAACCUUAGACCAUGAACGGCUGUCAGGAAGACUUGUCACAUAUGGUUUAGCGGAGCUACAGAUGGAAGGUGAUGGGAAUUGCCAGUUUCGGGCAUUAGCAGAUCAAUUAUUUCGAAAUCCUGAUUACCACAAGCAUGUAAGAAAGGCAGUUAUCAAACAGUUAAAGAAAUUCAGAAAACUAUAUGAAGGCUAUGUUCCAAUGAAGUACAAAACCUACCUCAAGAAGAUGAAAAAAUCAGGUGAAUGGGGAGAUCACGUUACUCUGCAAGCAGCUGCAGACAGAUUUGGUGCAAAAAUUUGCUUAGUCACAUCUUUCCGGGAUACCUGUUAUAUCGAGAUCCUUCCCAAAGACAAUAGUCCCCACAAAGAACUUUGGCUGAGCUUUUGGUGUGAAGUGCAUUACAAUUCAUUGUAUGCCAGUGGAGAUCUUCCUACAAGAACGCCUAGAAGAAAACAUUGGCUUUCAAUUUUCUAAAGUAAUGGAGGAAUACCAUCGUCCGCAUCCCCUUAUAUCGACUUCCUCUUGAUUUCAUGUGUAUGAAAUCUUGGAAAGGAAGCUAACACAGCAAUGCCUUGUAGUUCUUCACUACAAAAAGAUUGUUUUGUAGCUCGCAGACUCGUCGAAACAGAAUAUAUAAGAUCUAAGCAUAGGUAUUUAUACACACGAACUGAAAAAGAUUAGAAGAAUUAUAUAUAUAUAUAUAUAUGUAUCAAAUCCUCUUAAUUUUUUAGUAUAGUUUUGGAAAAAUAUUAUAAUUGAAUGUGCAGCUGCUCAUCGCUCGUGUGUCUGUAUAUAUUUGUUGUAGUGAUUUGCAGCUUUGCUCGUAGGUAUUUUCUGUCUUUCCUUAAAAAUAUAUAAUUUUAAGUAUUCUAUUUGAUUAUUAUUAUUUUUCA